CGCCGGCCCGCGGAUUUAAAGGGGCAGCGGCGCCGACGGGGGAACCAUGCCGAACUUCUGCGCGGCGCCCAACUGCACCCGCAAGAGCACCCAGUCCGACCUGGCCUUCUUCCGCUUCCCCCGCGAUCCGGCCAGAUGUCAGAGAUGGGUAGAGAACUGUCGAAGGGCAGAUUUAGAAGAUAAAACUCCAGAUCAACUCAACAAGCAUUACAGAUUGUGUGCUAAACACUUUGAGACUUCUAUGAUAUGCAGAAGUAGCCCAUACAGAACGGUUUUACGGGAUAAUGCUGUGCCAACUAUAUUUGAUCUUACAAGUCACCUGAACAAUCCCCACAGCAGACAUAGGAAAAGGAUAAAAGAGCUGAGUGAAGAUGAAAUAAGAACAUUGAAGCAGCAAAAGAUUGAUGAUGCUUUUGAACAGAAACAGGCAACUCCAGAAUCAAAUGAAAACAAUGAGCAAAAUACUGUCUCAGUGGAAGGAGAGGAAGAACAAGAGGAAAAAGCUGUUCCCUUAACACUGGAAGAAAGAGAAAACAAAGAUUACCUGAAAUCAUUAUUUGAAAUUUUGAUCUUAAUGGGUAAACAGAAUAUUCCAUUGGAUGGCCAUAAUGUUGAUGAACUUCCAGAAGGUAUUUUUACUUCAGAUAACUUUCAGGCUCUACUGGAAUAUAGAAUAAAUGGUGGCGAUGAAGUUCUGAGGAAACGAUUUGAGAUGACUGCAGUCAACCUUGAGUAUUGUUCAAAAACUCAGCAGAAACAAAUGCUUGAGAUCUGUGAAAACUGUGUUAGAGAGGAGACACUGAGGGAAGUAAGAGACUCGCACUUCUUUUCUAUUGUCACCGAUGAAGUAGUAGACAUAGCAGGAGAGGAACAUUUGCCAGUGCUGGUGAGGUUCGUUGAUGAUUCUCACAAUCUAAGAGAAGAAUUCAUAGGGUUUUUACCAUAUGAGGCUGAUCCUGAAAUUUUAGCUGUUAAGUUCCACGCAACUAUUACUGAAAAGUGGGGUCUAAACAUGGAGUACUGUCGGGGUCAAGCCUACAUUGUCUCCAGUGGAUUUGCUUCUAAAAUGAAAGUUGUGGCUACAAGACUCUUGGAAAAGUAUCCACAAGCUGUGUAUACGCUGUGUUCCUCAUGUGCCUUAAAUGUUUGGCUGGCAAAGUCUGUUCCUGUUGUUGGUGUUUCCAUUGCAUUAGGAACAAUUGAAGAAGUUUGCUGUCUUUUUAACCAGUCUCCACAAUUACUAGUAGAACUGGACAACACAAUUUCUGCUCUUUUUCAGGACAAUGAUGAAAAGGGUAAUGAGUUGAAGAAGAUCUGCCGUUCUCACUGGACAGGCAGGCAUGAUACUUUUGAGGUAUUAGUGGACCUCCUGCAAGCGCUGGUACUGUGCUUGGAUGCUGUUAGCAGUGACUUUUCUGUCAGGUGGAACAACUUCAUUGUUGGUCGAGCAUUUGUACUUUCAAGUGCACUAACAGAUUUUGAUUUCAUUGUCACUAUUGUAAUUAUGAAAAAUGUUCUGUCUUUUACAAGAGCAUUUGGAAAAAAUCUCCAGGGACAAACAUCAGAUGUGUUCUUUGCAGCUGGCAGCUUAACAGCAGUAUUGCACUCUCUGAAUGAAGUGAUGGAGAAUAUUGAAGUUUACCAUGAAUUUUGGUUUGAGGAAGCCACAAAUUUGGCUACAAAACUGGAUGUACAAAUUAAACUCCCAGGAAAAUUUCUCAGGGCACAACAGGGGAACUUCGACCCUGAUAUGACAUCAGAAAAUUACUACAAAGAAAUCCUAAGUGUCCCAACAAUAGAGCACAUUAUUCAAGAAUUAAAAGAUAUUUUCUCAGAACAACAUUUAAAAGCUCUUAAAUGUUUAUCAUUAGUGCCCUCAGUCAUGGGACAGCUCAAAUUCAAUACGUCUGAGGAGCAUCAUGCUGACAUGUUCAAAAAUGACUUGCCCAAUCCAGACACACUUUCUGCUGAGCUUCACUGUUGGAGAAUCAAGUGGAAGCACAGAGGAAAAGAUAUUGAACUUCCAGCUACUAUUUAUGAAGCACUUCACUUGCCUGACAUAAAGUUUUUCCCUAAUGUUUAUGCAUUGCUUAAAGUCUUGUGCUUACUUCCAGUGAUGAAGGUGGAGAAUGAGAAAUACGGAAUAGGACGAAAGCGCUUAAAGGCAUACCUGAAAAACACCUUGACAGGGCAAAGGUCAAGCAACCUUGCUUUGCUGAACAUAAACCUUGACAUAAAACAUGACUUAGAUUUGAUGGUGGACACUUACAUUAAACUCUAUCCAGAUAAAGUGGAAUUUCAAGACUGUACUCCUUCAAACAAUUCUGAAGUAACAGAUGAUGCCUAACGUUUUAAGCUCCAACCAAUCUGUUGAAACAGCUUCUUCUUAAUUAAGUUUCAAAGCUGGGGAGAAAAACUGGUGAAAUCUUAAAAAAUCACUGCAAUUGUGUUUUCAUUUUAGGCCUUGGGCUGAACAAGCUGUUGUCAAAGACCUAAAUUAUGUGUUAUUAGUCCAUACUAAAUGUGUUUGGCAAACAAAAUCAAGCCUGACACAAGCCCAUGCUCUUGGCAGAGGUGCUUUCUACAUCUGAUUGGCUUAACUAGGUGCUCGUUUACUUUAUUGCGUCAUGAAAAAAGUACAUUAUGAUUGUAGAUCUGAUGGGGCUGUUACAUAUUCACUGAUUAAUUAGGAUAAGAAAGAAAUUCAGACUAUUAAAAAGAGUAUAAUCUAUUUCAGUUCUGUUACUUAGGAUUUUUUUAAAAACCCCAAACUUUUAAGAAAAAUCUUUGAUGUAUAUUUAAGUGGCAUUUUGGAGAGUGGAUUCAGCUAUUGCACGAUCCCCAUGCUGUGGACAGGUCUCAGUGUAAAGUGAAUGUCAGUGAUAUAGGGGUACAUUUAUGGUUUUGUUGGAAGAGUCAGCCUCUUUAAUCUCUUGAUGACUGUUUACAUUCCUUUGUGUCAGACACAAAAGUUUUUUCUUUAGGCUUAACAGGCAUGGCAGGAGUAUUUAAGUUCUUAAAAGACAAUAAAAACUUAAAAUUUAUUCCACAAACGUUUGAAUCUGUUUGCUCUGCCCCAACUCUGAUGCAAACACCAUCCAUCUUAUAGUAUGUUUAUUUGGAAACUCAUUCUGGAAAGAUUAAAAUAAGAGUUUGUUGUUUGUCUAGAAGUAAGAUUGGAAAUAUUGCUGUUAUUUUUGGUCAGAAUGAAACAUUUUUGUACAGUUUAUGGAAAUUUAAAAUAAAAUGUGAAUUGCUUUUUACGUAGCAUUGGAUUUCCUAGUAAAGCUGUGCCUCAAAUGUA